AUGUCAUCCAAUUCAGAUGCUCCUAAGGGUGAAAGUAAGGCACCAAAUGAGAAUACAAUCCAGGAAUCUUCAAAACCCGUGAACAAUGUGAAAGAGGCCCAGAACAAUAGGCCAGUUUCAAAACAAGCCGGAGAUCAUAUUGGACUUUCUAAAGCUACUUCUGGAAUGGUUGAAACGACUGAAAAGCAGAAGAAAGUGGAAAAAAAUAAAAAACGAAAAGAAAAGAAAGUCACCCAAAAGCUGAAGGCACACGAACAGACCGGAAGAUCAACCGGCAUCAAGCUCUCGGCAGAGAAAAAUGGUAAUCAGACUGGCAAUUUGAAAUCCAAAAACCAGAAAGCUAAUGAGAAAAAGAUGACUCAAAAACCAGAACAGCAGCAGCCGGGCUCCUUGAGAUCUUUUGUACCCGAAACGGAAAAAUCAUCAAAAAUCGAAGUAGUUGCAGGGCAUGAAAUGGAAAAGAAACUCCGUAAAGCUGAAAAGAGAAAGAAGCAGAAAGCCGCCAAAAAGCUGAGAUCAGAAACUGGUUUACAAUCAAAUUCGAUAACUGAUAAUGAAAGAGGUUUGGAAAAUUCGGCUGGGAGUGUCACGAUAGAUUCCAAAAUAGGUACUCAUACAGAUGGCUCCGGCUUGGUACUAAACAAUCCUCUUAAUUUGAGCUUGAAAUUUUUUGAUACAUUAGAGUUUCACUGUGAUUGUUGUCCUGUUGAAAUGGUCGGCUAUGAAGCUGCGACGAAUCAUGUCAAUGAAUUUAAUCAUCAAAAGAUGUCCGUUGUCUUCAACUCUUUGAGUGACUCCAUCAAAUGUCAGUCAUGUGGAGAAACUGAUUUAUCUAACCUUCACUUAAUACUACUUGCAUCCUCUUCCUUGGGCUUAUGUUGUUCUGAUUGUCUUGAAAAAAAUGGCUAUGAUCCAUUAAUCGAUGCAUUCAGUACUCAAGAGACACUAUUGAAAUAUGUCGACAACAUGUAUCACUUAAAUGGCUUAUCAUGUAUUAGUUGCAAUUCAACAAAUGUUUUAGGGAUAGAUGAAGAAAAAAAUUGCUACUGUGCAAAGUGCGUUGAGAAAGAUGUCAACUUGAAGGGCAAAAAGCUUACACAAAGAUCAGACAUGAAUUUUCUCUCAAUAGCCUUCAAUGACUCCCGUUAUACAGAUUCCGGUAAGAGCGUAAUAGCUACUGUUCAAGAAAUACCACCCUUUAUAUCUGAUAAAACCACUAAAUCAGCAACUACUUCACCAUUACUUUCUACUGUCUCUUCCUCUUCUACGUCUGCUACUUCGCACCACACAGCACCUGUUUUGGAUCAAAGACACGAAAAAGAGGCUGGAAAAACGAAGAGAAAUGACAAGAGAAAAAAAGAUAAAAAUAUUGAAAUUACGGAUAGCAAAAUGUUUAGAGAUAAAGAGAAUGACCCACCUCCUAAAUCCGUAUCGAGCUCCAAAAAUGUACCCGAAGAAAAAGUUGAACCAAAGAAAUCUAAGAAGCUCAUAAAGGGAAAAGCAAUCACAUCCAACAGUUUGACCAAACAACAUGAAUCUCAUAAGCUCAAGAACGGAGCUGAUAGCCUCUUCUCCAAGAACUCGAACGAUUUGAAAAGCGCAGGGCCUGCCAAACACAUCAAAAAUUCCCCGGCAAAUACACAACACAUGAGCAUCUUGGAUGCCACUGAUCUGAAAAUUGAAGACAAGUUUGAAAGAUUAAAGCAAAUUGUCAAGGCGACACUCCCAAAAGAUAUCAGGCUAAGGUUUGAUGAUUUGAAUGAGUAUUACAGCUAUCUCUCAUAUAGUCUAUUUUUGGAGGAGUUAUAUGCUCAGGAUGUCUGCACUGACGUCGAUUUUGAGUGGAAGAGUGAGAGCCAAUGUAUAAUGACAGGACCUACCAAGAAAUGGUUUGACAUGUAUGUUAAUGAUGACGUUCAUCACUUGAAAAAGCACCCAUUUACUAGGGAUCAACCUAUUUUCAUCAUUCGAAAAUCAGACGCUGGUUUAAGGUGGACUUCUCCUCCUGAGUUUUGGCUUGCACACGUUUCUUCAAGUAGUUUAGCUAAAAUUGGCAAAAGGGGUAAAAGUGCAAAAGUGAAGAAACAUGCUGUUUUGAAAAAAACUAAUCAAGUUUCAACAUUCACUUUGGAGCUAUACCCUUGGAACGACAGAAAAUUCCCGGUUAAAGAGAGAGGUGAUCAGUUUGCAUUUUUGCCUGGAAGUAAUGUCGUGGGAAGAAUUUUGAACUCAAUGAACAAAAUUGAAAAUGAAUCUUUCAAAAAGUUAAUUCUAGGUAAAGAAAAAAUCAAAAGAAUUAAUUUCCAUAAUAAAAUCGGCAACUAUUUCAACGUCUUGAAUGAAUCCCAAAAAAAUGCAUUACAAUCUGCAUUAAAUAACACGGUAACAAUUUUACAAGGUCCUCCAGGUUCUGGUAAAACUUCAACAAUUUACGAGAUCAUCCUUCAAUUGUUGACGCAGCUACAUUAUUAUCCUAUUUUGGUUGUUGCUGCAUCAAAUCUAGCUGUUGAUAACAUUGCUGAAAAAUUGAUGGGAGAGCACAAAGAUAUUAUAUUACGUAUAACUUCACUUUCGAAAGAGAAGGAAUAUCCUGAAUCACAUUCAUUAGGUUCAAUUUGUUUGCAUAACAAAAUAUCACAAGUGUUACCUCCGAACCUGAAGGAUAUUGAAAAUAGGCUUAAAAGAAAUGCAUCCCAAGUCUCUUCGUCUGAGUUCAGCAAAUAUUUAGAUGCAUGCCAGCAAUAUGGUGCCCAAAUAGUGAAGCAAGCUAACAUUAUUUUUGCAACUACAGCCGGUAUCGCAGGUCCUUAUCUUAAAAAAGUCAAAAAAAUGCCAGUGAUCAUAAUGGAUGAAGCUACACAAUCAUCAGAGCCAUCCACUUUGAUUCCGCUUGGGGCACAAGGUUGCAAUAAAGUUAUCUUAGUUGGUGAUACUGCACAAUUGAGUGUUUUCACCAGAGUUAAAAGUUUAGAGAUGUCCUUAUUCCAGAGAGUUUUGGAAAAUGGUACCUAUGAAAAUCCAUUCAUGCUCGAUACCCAAUAUAGAAUGCAUCCUGAUAUAUCCCACUUUUCUAGAAGGAAAUUCUACGGUAGCAAAUUGAAGGAUGGUAUAACUGCAGAGAACAGAAAAAUGGAGGGUAUUAAAUAUCCAGUGUACUUUUUUGACCAUCAGGGUCUUGGUGCAUCAGAAACCAAAAUGUUUUCUGCCUCUGGUGAAGAAUUUGGUUUUUCUUGGGUCAAUAAGAAAGAGGUGAAUUACAUAGAGAGAAUAUUAGAGAAUCUUAUUGUUGACCAUCACGUUCCACCUUCUACUAUUGGUGUGAUGACAGGGUAUGCAGCCCAAAGAGACCUAAUUGUGAAGGCUCUCGAAAAUAAUAAAAUUAUCAAUCCCUAUGAGAAUAAAACUAGGAAAUAUGUCGACAAAGAAGAUUUAAGUGAGAAGAAAAACGUCACUGUUUGUAAUGUCAAUGGUAUUAUUGUGGCCACAAUUGAUGCCUAUCAAGGCCGGGAGAUGAAUUUUGUAUUACUUUCUUGUGUCAGAUCCAAUGAAGGUGGCAACAUAGGUUUUAUGUCUGAUAAAAGAAGAAUGAAUGUUGCAUUGACUAGAGCCAAAUAUAGUUUCAUUAUUUGUGGUGAUGCUAAAUGUAUGUCCUCAAAUGGUCUUUGGAAGGAGUACAUUGAAGAGUUGCAUGAUAAGGGAUACGUCAAACAAUCGAUAAAUGAUUACUGA